GACUCUUGUGCACUCCCCUCCCACCAAAGCUGCCUGAGACUAAAUGAGCCAUAAUGUGCCUCAAUGUGACGACUUGAGCCUGUGAUGUGCCAGUGCCGAGAAACCUUUGAUGCCAGCGGCCCGCUGCUUUCCUCCGCUUCCUUUGUGUCCUCUUUCGCUGAGCCAGAAGACAACCUGCAUCAUGGUGCACUGGAGGUCUACAAGUUGGAGGCCGCCAAGUGUCCUGGUGCUGAUGAGCCGCUGUGCGACAAAGUGAGAGAGUGUGUGGAUCGCGCGGCCAUGCGCGUACUUGGAGCAUCCAUCUUGGCCAAAGACAGCAUUUGGUCUGCAGCAGGUGUCUUCGAUCUCAGCCGUUCCCGUUGGUAUGGCCUGGCUUCUUCCACAUGCAUUGCUAGACACCCAUGCAACAGAGCGUCGCCGCUCGAAAUGGACCAACGUCGCCUUCUUUUGAGUGAAGGGAGUGCGUGGAAAAUGUUGCCAGCGCUGAGCGUUUGCUGAAGCCACCAAACUGUGUGCGGAAUAUUUUCAGCCUGAAAAUGGUUGACGUCCAGAAAAGCGUUGCAACAGGGAGAGUGACGUGCCUUUGCUGCAAGUGCGAGGCCAAUCGCUUCAGCUCGGCCAGAAGCCCAAAGAACCAAUCCCGGCUUGUGUACCUUCUAUUAGUGGCCCAGAGUAGUUUAUGUCAUGGGCUAUGUCUGAAGUAGCAUUGUCCAAAGUCUUUUGAAGAUCUUGAAGAACAAAUGUUUCCUUCGCCGGCGGGAGCUUCUCCCAGCCUCAAACCUUAC